AGGAAGAAGCUGCAAUCCUUAAUUUAACAUGGCUCUUCAAUAGUGUUUCAUCUGUCAGAUAGUUAACAGAUAUUUGUCUUCAUGGUCAACUUGUAUAUUUUCUACUCUUUAGUUCUGUUUUAAUUCUAUAAUGUGAUGGGGGCGGGUGGGGCUGCGUUCUUCCUGAAGUCGACAACCAUCUAAAUUCUAACCUCACCCGCUCUUAUGUUGAAGGUUAGACGUCCUAACCUGAGGUUUCUGUAUGUUUUGUCUCUUCGUAAAAAAGUACAUUUUAAAUCGUUCUGUUGUGUGUCAAAUAUAUAUCGUGUUAUCAUCUCUACCUUUUGAUAAAUAUACAAAAAUAAAAUUGUUCAAAAUUAGUGGUUCCACUGGGGCUCGAACCCAGGACCUUCUGCGUGUAAAGCAGACGUGAUAACCGCUACACUAUGGAACCUACUGCCAGCCAGAUGACAUAGUUUGCACAAUCUAAUUAUUAUUAUUAUUUCCAGUAUUAUAAAACCUGUUUGGAGUCGUUCAGGUGUUUAACCAACAGGAAAGGGAUGUGUUGCGGUGGGCGGGGCUUAGCGAGAAAAAGAUUUACCUGCAGCUACCACUCAGCAUUUCGACCGAGAAGAGAAGACAUCACUCCGCAGCUUCUCGUCAGUCUCAAUGGCUUCCUGUCAGGAGUUCGAGGUGACGGUGCACACUUCACCUGGCCUCCCCUGUGGCACCUUCAGCCGCCUGUGGCUCAACCUGAUUGGCUCCGAGGGGGAGACUCCGCCCAUCGCUGUGAACGAGGGCGACCGCCAUCUGCUGCCGGGGUCGUCGUGUCUGGUUUUGGUUCGGACCAAAGCUCCGCUGGGUGACCUGCUUCUGGUCCGGCUUCGUCUGGAGGCUCGGAUCGGGUUCCCAGAUCUGGACUGGCACUGCAGCCUGGUUGAGGUCUGCAGGCUGGCCGACAGAGGUGGGACAGAACCAGAGAAAGAUCCAGAAUGUCAGGUGUUCCUGUGCGACCAAUGGCUGCGACCAGCAGAGGGCGACGUGGAGCUGCGCAGCGGAAAGUUGUGUUUGCUGCAGGACGAGACUGAGGAGAAACUGAAGCAGCAGCGACUCAGACACCUGCAGAACCAACAGAAGAUCAUCCGAUGGCGGCAGUUCGUGGCCGGCGCCCCGCAGUGUUUGGACCUGAGGAGUGUGUCUGAGCUCGGGCCGAACCUCAGCUACACACACAGGAGCGUACCCGCUAACCUGCGCCACCUGAAGGGUUUCUCUGAGCGCGCCGAGCCCUGGACCAGCUUCACCGAGCUGGAAACGCUGUUCACCCACAGCGCAAAACACAACUCCGUGGCCAGUUUUGUGAAGGCUCACUGGGAGGAGGACUGGUAUUUUGGGUACCAGUGUCUGAACGGCUGCAACCCCCUGAUGGUCCGUCAGAUCCGCGACCUCCCUGCUAACCUGCCCGUCACCGAAGACAUGCUCCGCCCCUUCCUUUCUGCAGGUUCCUCCCUCCAGCAGGAGCUGCAGAAGGGAACCCUCUUCCUGUUGGACUACGAGAUUCUGGACGGUGUCCCGGCUAACGAGGUCAACGGGAAGCCAACGUACCUGAGCGCCCCACUGUGUCUGCUGCACCUGAACCUGCAGGGCCAGCUGAGGCCCAUCGCCAUCCAGCUGCAGCAGACCCCCGGCAUCCGCAACCCCGUCUUCCUGCCCUCUGACCCCGGCUGUGAUUGGCUGCUGGCGAAGCUCUGGGUGCACAGCGCCGACUUCCAGGUGCAUCAGCUGGUCUCGCACUACCUGAGGACGCACAUGGUGGGGGAGCUGAGCUGCGGGGCCACGCUGAGGCAGCUGCCCCCCCCACACCCGCUGCACCAGUUGCUGAUGCCUCACCUCCGGACCUCGCUGCAGAUUAACUUCCAGGCCCGGGCCACGCUGCUCGCUGCCGGGGGGGUCUUCGAUAAGGCGGUGGGCUGCGGCCUGAAAGCGUUACCCGUCCUGCUGUCUCGGGCGUCUCAGAGGAUCAGUUACCGCUCGCUGUGCGUCCCGGAGGACCUGCAGCUCCGCGGGGUGGAAGCGCUGCCGAACAGCUUCUACAGCCAGGACGCCCGCAAGGUCUGGGACGCGCUGCACAGGUUUGUGCUGCGCUGGGUGGAUGUGUUCUACUCUGCAGAUGUGGAGGUCCUGCAGGACUCGGAGCUGCAGAUGUGGAUCAGAGACAUCAACACACACGGCUUCGGCCCGGGCUCCGGGUUCCCAGAGGCUCUGCAGACCAAAGCAGAGGUGUCUCAGUUUGUCACGAUGAUCAUCUUCAGCUGCUCCGCGCUGCAUGCCGCCGUCAACUUCUCUCAGCUGGACUUCGCUCUCUGGAUCCCGAACUGCCCGGCCUCGAUGUGCCGCCCCCCCCCUCAGGAAAAGGGUUUGGUGACGGAGGACGAGCUGCUCCACUUCCUGCCGGACGUCAACACUUCCUGCCGGGUCCUGUCGGCGCUCAUGCUGCUGUCCCAGCCCGCCGUCGACUUUGUUCCUCUGUGCCACUACAGGGAGGCGCUGUUCAGAGAGGGCGCCCCCCGAAGGCUGGUGGAGGAGGUGCAGGCCGAGCUGAAGCAGAUCUCCAGAGACAUCGCUGAGCGAAACCUCCACCUGGAGCUGCCGUACCCCUACCUGAGUCCGGAGCGCACCGACAACAGCGUGGCCAUUUAGACUCUCUGAAACUACACUGAAACAUUUCUACGUUUAUAAUACUGACUGGAUAUGAGCUUAAUGGUUAGAAUAUUAAGAGUGAAGGUAAUAACAUCCAGUGUUUGUUUAAAGAAAUGUGAACUUUAAAUUAUUUUCUGUCUGUAACGUUUCUUUAGAUCUGCUUUAUACGGAAAUGAUUAUAAAAUAAAUAUCCUUGAAUUAA